AUGCCUAAAAUGGGUAGCUCUAAAGUGAGGACGGGUUGUGUAACGUGCAAGAUCCGAAAGGUGAAAUGCGACGAAGGGAAGCCGCACUGUGAGCGCUGUGUGUCUACUGGCCGCAAAUGCGAUGGAUACGCGCCGGUUACUACGACCCCCUCCACCCUAUCGUGGCAUCGCCCGCGUAAUAUGUUUCCCAACGUUGAUGACGCUAGAGAAAGGCGGGCUUUGGAGUUCUUCUGCCGGGCUGCCGGGCCCUCUUUAUCGGGGCCCAUGGAUCCUUACUUCUGGACUCACCUGGUGAUGCAGUUUAGCGGUUUCGAGCCAGCGGUCAGGCACUCAAUUGUUUCCAUCAGCUCUCUCUACGAGCAAGUGCGCGCUGCCCCAGAAUCGAUACUGCGGUUGGCCGACAACAGGCUGGCACUCAGCCAUUAUAACUUGGCGAUCCGGGAACUCAAGUCAAUGAAUAAUGAGCCCCUGGUGUUGAUGGUAUGUAUUUUAUUUAUAUGUAUAGAGAUUCUGCUAGGAAACAGGGAAGCUGCUAUUCAGCACUGUAAGCACGGGGUUGUCAUCCUGGAGAACGUUGAAGCAUCUUACCCCUGGACGAAAAAGUACCUGUCCCCGAUCUUUCGACGCCUCACGCUUUUCCCCUUCUUCUUUGGUUCAGGUAGCGCUAGCUUCCCCAAGCUCCUUGGAUUGGACGAUCAGAUGCCGGCCUCGUUUUCCUCCAUGGAGGAAGCGCAGUAUUACCUAGACGGCAUCGUGACUAGAACUGUUGGUCUGGUCCGGCAAGGUGAUUCCUAUCGUCUUGGGAAUUUGCGCUCUAAACCCGUACCAUCAGAGCUUCUUUCACAGCAAGACACGAUUAGAAGUGCGUUGAAUCAAUGGCAAUCCCGCUUUGCGGAUUUUCAGAAUGAGGCUCCUUCCCGUCCGAGGCCAGAUGAGAUGCUUUGCAACACUCUUCUACGAUAUGAGAUCGCCCAGAUUUGGGUAGAGACUGCAUUCGAGUACGACGAGACGGCAUACGAUCGGUAUCUCGAUAGGUUCCGCUGGAUGGUUUCCGAAGCGGCUAAUAUUUACUUGUCAAGGAUAUCUGAGGGCGAUACAACAUUGCAGGAAACACCAAAAUUCAUCUUUGAAAUGGGGUUUAUACCACUACUUUACUACGUUGUUAUCAAGUGCCGAUGUCUGGAAACCAGAAUUCAAGCGCUUUCGUUAAUGAAAAUGCUGGGGGUUGUUAGAGAGAACCUCUGGGAACUCUCGUCAAUGCAUGCGGCUGGCCGACGUGUCAUCGAAAUAGAACACGCAGUAUUACUAGAUAAGCAGGGCCAGAUCUCGACGAUGCCUGGCUGGCCGGGCCUCCCCCCUGACGAGAUGAGGGUCCGAGAUUCUACCACCAGCCCUCGACCGUUCGUGAAUAUUGAUGAACAAGGUCAAGAAACUCGGGGGCGGAUGGCGGGUUUCUUUAGGCGGACUAUCGACGGGAAUAUCUAUCUUCAGUCCGAAGUUAUUCUUGAGACGUAGCGAUGAUAUUUGAAGUAAUAAAAGAUGCAUAACACUAAACCCGAAACAUAGGGAUAAGGGGCUUUAGCCACAAUAAUCCUCUGGUUCCUGUUUGGUACUUAGUAGGCGAAUAAAAUGCUUACUUGCCUACAGAAUUUUCCUAUUAUAUACCUGCGGUCUCAGUUACAUGUUUGACUGCUGCUCAGUCGUACUAGGACAUGUGCGGCUACCCGGGGGCGGAGCCAAAUACCAUGUUUCUAGUCAUCCUUUGGUCGUUGAUUGGCUAGUUCGGAUUAUGGAACUCAGCCCACGAUACCAUUCGUUAACCUCAGCUAGAAAAGGAGGAAAGAAGGCUGCAGCUAGAGAUGAUAAAACGACGUUGGAGUCCAGUAUGUCUUAAGUUGGUGAAUCUUAAACUCAUCGACGCACAAUACCUCGACCUGCCAUCCAACGUAUUCUCCCUCCAACCCACCCACACCAGCAAUGACAAUGGCGAUGCCAACUCCAACACCGACGUCUGAGACCUUAAUCAAUUAUUUUCAUGGGGUGGUCAGACAAGCGACGGCAGUGGUGACGAACACCCCAACGGCUACUGGCGUAGAUUUCAUGACGACUCAGCAU